AUGUCGGACUCGGUUCCUGCAGGAGCCUCAGUGACUCUGCAGUGCUCGGUUCUCUCUGAGAGCAGAGCAACAGAACUCCAAGUGCUCUGGUUCAGAGCUGCUCCACCACAAUCCCAUCCUCAAAUCAUUUACACUCAUCACAACAGCAGCCAUCAGUGUGAGAGCGGCUCUUCUACACACACCUGUGUGUACAACUUCACCAAGAACAUCCUCAGCCUCAAUGAUACUGGAACUUACUACUGCGCUGUGGCCCUGUGUGGGAAGAUUGUAAUUGGGAAUGGAACACCAGUACAGCCGGCUGAGAAUACAUUCAAUGAGCAACAAUUCAAGGGAUCUGAUUCUGUGGUGAUCUGCCUAGCUGUAGCGUUGACAGUGUGUCUGGUAAUGAAUUGUGCUCAAGCUGUUUUAUACAGUAAAAAACGACACACAGUGAAACUUCCACAAGGUGCUUUGAUAGAGCAAACACACACUCAGGGCCGUGAUGCUGUGGAGCUGAAUUACGCUGCGCUGAGUUUCACUGAAAGAAAAACUAAAAGUGGAAGAAUAAAAAGAGGACAAGCUGAAGAUACUGUUUAUUCUGAAGUGAUUCACACUCCGGCUACUUAGAUUCCUGUUAACAACCUUAUUAUAAUCGUCUGCUCAAUAUUUAAGCUAAAUCAAUGUAAAAACAUUCACUGACAUAUGACCUAUUCUCUCAAAGGCAGUGUAAAGGGCUUUCUUGAAAAGUUUUGAAAGGAAUUAAAAUAUUCAUCAUUGUGAAUGAUGCUGCUAUAAUAGCAUAAUAAUGCUGAAUGGACAU